CUCUCUCUCUCUCUUUUCUCUAAUUUUUUUUCCUCCAGUACGCUUUCCCCCCACCUCUCAGCAUCCUCGGCUGAAUGUGUAGGUUAGAGCAGCAGCAGCAGCAUCCAUGGCUUAAGCCCCAGCUAUGAGCGGCAGCAAGCCCGGCCAGGCCCCUACCCUUCCUCUCUCUCACUCUUUUUCUCUCUCUCUCGCUCUGUAUUUCUCUCUCUCUCUGUCCUCCUAGGCUAGUUGACAGGCAACGUCUGGGGGUGUUGGAGGCUCACAGUUAGCCAGGGCGUUAGCCACAUGCACACGGCUGCUCUGCUGCCCAUCAAUUCUACUGUCUCUCCGGUAACUGGGGGCUUCGUCUCUUCUCCCCCUCCCCACGCCUUCUGCUUUCAUUUCAGGCUCCUUGGAGAUAGAGGAAUGCAAAUCUGCAAUCAUGAUGGAAGGAUUGAAAAAACGUACCAGGAAGGCCUUUGGGAUACGGAAGAAAGAGAAGGACAAUGACUCCACGGGGUCCCCAGACAGAGAAAGCGGUGGACCCCAAGAGUUUGAAUCGUCUCAGAAGAAGACCAAUGGGGCCCCUAAUGGCUUCUAUGGAGAUAUUGACUGGGACAGAUUUAACUCUCCUGAGGUGGAUGAUGAGGGCUACAGCAUCAGACCUGAGGAGGAGUCAGAAGAGGGAGCGCCUACCAUCAAAAAGCCCCACUUCUUUUCCUCUGAUGAGUCAGAAGGAGAGGAGGACCACAGAAAAAAAUUUAAAAUCAAGAUCAAGCCGCUGCCGGCCAAUCGUGUAGCAUCGGUGCCCUCAGUCGACGAGCUCAAAGCCUCCAUAGGCAACAUAGCACUGUCUCCGACUCCCAUGAGGAGUCCGAGACGUAGCCCGGGUUUGAAACGGAACCCAUCCAGUGAGGAGAUUGCCAGACCGAGACGUGUCGUCCCUACUUUACCCACUGUGGCCCCCACACCAGCCCCGGCACCGCAACCCCCCAGCAGUCAAAAGUCUCCAGUCUCUGAAGACACCACAGCCUUAUUUGGGCCUCCUUUGGAAACAGCCUUUGGAGAACCUAAAACUGAAGUGGGUUUCUCUGAGUCCGAUGCGUGGGGGACUCCUCUGUCAGACCCUGAAUCCUCUUUGACCAGAUCCUUUCCCACAGGAACUCCCCCUCCUCUUCCACCCAAGAAUGUCCCGAUUUCUCCAGUGUCAACUGGCCCGCCCUCUGUAGAUGACCCUGAAGUGUCAACAGCAGCAGACAGUUCCACCAGGAAGCCCUCAAUAGCUGACCUGGACAACAUUUUUGGACCAGAGCAGCCUCCCUCUGCUGGCGAGGAAACAGGCGAGACCUGGGUGUGCUUUAGUGCUGAAUCUCCUGACCGGCUGCGCCUCCCAGUGGAACCAGCACCUCCUCUUCCAGGCUCCCUGCCUCCACCUGAAUCUCCUGCUCCACCCUUACCUACAUCACCACCUCUUCCUGAAGACCCUGCACCACCACUCCCUACAUCCCCUCCCCCAAAACAAGAACCUGUGCACUCUCUUCCAUCCCCCCCAUCUUCCUUAGGGGAGACUACUGCACCUACUGUCCACUCAGGUCCUCCUACACCUGAGGAUCGAAAUCCUCUCACGCUUGCCACCUCUCCACCCCUUGCACCACCAAAGGAGCUUGCGUCUCCUCCCAUUUCCUCUCCGCCUCUGCUGGACUCACCCACCAGCGUCCCACUAGCCCUUGCUCCCAAAGCAAGCACCCCUCCAGCUGUGGCUCUGCCUGCUGAAGGACCUGAAACGUGCUCUGUCCCAGCGCCACUUGUCCUAUCUCAAGAGAAGCAGUCCAAGAACACAGACGUCACACAACCCAAAGAGGACGGAAGUGAAACUGUCACCUCGCCCAAUGAUGCUAUCCUGGGGAGUUGGAUUACACCUCCCCCACCUCCUCCCCCCACAUAUCGGGCAGUGGUGUCGUCACCGGGUCCCACAUCUGGAGCUGGUGGCACGAAUAGCGGUUCCUCCUCUCCGGUGCGACCUGCCACUCCUUCGUCAGUCAACCCCAACCCCCCACCACCUCCACCUCGCCCCCCGUCAAGACCCAAACUUCCACCAGGGAAACCCACUGUAGGAGAUGCAAAUCGUCCAUUCAGCCCACCGAUCCACUCAGCCAGCCCCCCUCCCAUCGCCCCGUUGGCGCGGGCCGAGAGCACCUCCUCCAUCUCCUCCACCAACUCCAUGAGUGCCGCCACCACGCCCACGGUCAAUAAAGAGCUCUCCGUGUCUGUGUCAGAGGAUGAUGCUUAUGUAGACAAGCUGCCCACCUUUGAGAGACACUUUGAUUCGUUUGCAGAGAAUGACCAGCCAUCCCUUGUGUGGUUUGACAGAGGGAAGUUUUAUUUAACCUUUGAAGGCUGCUCCAGAGGGCCCAGUCCUCUCACCAUGGGGGCCCAGGACACUCUUCCAGUGGCUGCUGCAUUUACAGAGACAGUCAACGCCUUCUUUAAAGGAGCUGACCCAAGCAAGUGUGUUGUGAAGAUCAUAGGUGAGAUGGUUUUGUCGUUUCCGGCGGGAAUCACGCGGCACUUUGCCAAUAACUCGUCCCCCGCCGUGCUAACCUUCAGCAUAACCAACUACAGCCGUCUGGAGCAUGUGCUGCCUAACCCCCAGCUCCUCUGCUGCGACACCACCACACAAGCCAAGGCUGAUGCCAAGGACUUCUGGGUAAACAUGCCAAACCUGAUAUCCCAUUUAAAGAAGGUGGCAGAGCAGAAGCCACAGGCAACAUACUACAAUGUGGACAUGCUCAAGUAUCAGGUAUCGACGGAAGGGCUCCAGUCGAUUCCUCUAAAUUUAGCCGUGAGCUGGAGAUGUGAGUCCACCAGCACUGACCUGAGAAUAGACUACAAAUAUAACGGGGAGGCCAUAAAGACGCCGAUGGCCCUCAACAACGUGCAGUUCCUCGUCCCUGUCGAUGGAGGGGUUUCAAAAUUGCAGGCUGUCUUACCUCCUGCAGCUUGGAAUGCGGAGCAGCAAAGAAUCCUUUGGAAGAUUCCUGAUAUCUCACAGAAGUCUGAAAACGGAGGUGUGGGCUCGUUGUUAGCACGCUUUCAGCUAACAGAAGGUCCCAGUAAACCGGCUCCACUGGCGGUGCAGUUCACCAGUGAGGGCAGCACCCUGUCGGGCUGUGACAUUGAGCUGGCUGGUCCAGGAUACCGCUUCUCUCUCGUCAAGAAGAGGUUUGCCGCAGGAAAAUACCUGGCAGACAACUAACCCGUGCUACUGACAUUACUGUGGAACAAAACAAUCGCAGUGGACUGUGGGUGACACCAAGGACAGGGGACAUACCAAGACCAGACGACACACUUUCCAUUAACCUCUUCUGAACCCACACGACAGGUCCGCAGCCUACCCAGCAGUAUUGUAUUACUUGCAUAUAGCAUCGUGGAAACUGUUUAAGGUCAUGUAAUUAUCGUAUUUGUAUUAAUUUCAUAACAUCUGUAUUGCUGCAGUUAGAAACCUGGGUUCUUGCUCCCUCUGAAGUCUGUGCCUCUGUCUCCAUCGUCCUCUGGUUAAUGUGUUGUGGUGUUGUUGUAAAGUUUCACUGCAGCUGCCUGACAGACAGACAUGGACAAAGAGAGUUUGGGCCAGAUUUUUAACUCUGGGUAACAAGCUGUUUGUUGUCAGUAGUCCAGAAAGAUUUGGCUGGAGAAAAGAAGUACCCUUCCAUAAGAUCUCUGCAGUCAGACACACCUCAGCCUCUGAGACAAAGUCUUAAAGCCACAAAGAUUGACUGGUUUAAGUUAAAGCAAGGCCCAGGACUAUACAGUAAUUAUACACCUUCAAAAUCAAAUCUUUUAAUAGUCCUUCCGUCAGAGUCUGAGCUCAAAGCCUGAGAGAGCUGUCGCACUGAGGGGAUCCAUUAGCGUGGGUAAAUGCAUUUACUGAUCCAUUUUGAUGCAUGAUGUCACAAGAGGUUAAAUUAAAGAGGUUUCUUGUCGCUGAUUGAAACCCAGAAUCAGGUAACUACAAAAAUGUUCAUGCAUCAACUACUGGUACUACAGGGUCAAAUGACUUUGGAUCACAUCCUUUUUUAAUAUAAGUGAUAUAUAUAAUAUAACUGAUCAGUAACUCAGUCUUUUUAUUUUAUUUCUCUGGAAUACACAGAUAUGGAGAGUUUUUAGCUAGUUAGGCAGCUGCAAUGAUGAAUCAAUUCACUGGUUGCAAAAUAAGAAACAUCAGUUUUCCCGUCAGAACUUACAAUGUGUACAAAGUGUCAUUUUAAAUUGAUAGUAUAUAUCUUAAAGGGCGUUUGGUGUUUUCCUCGUAUUGUCAGAUAGCCUUUAUGUUGUUCCCAGGACAGCAGUGAUAGACUCCAGAGUACAUGACAGCAUUCUAUUUUUAUUUAUUGAUGACGAUGAUUUGUUGUAUAAAACGUGAUUCUGUAUACAAAUAGAAUUUGAACUCAGAACCCUGAAAGGUAUACAUAUUUGAACUCUCUCUUUUGUUAUCUGUGUAGUUGGGUAAACUGUGUACAGUAUAAGGUAUAAUUUUUGAAUUUAUUUCAGAUAUAAUUUUUUAACUCGAGUGCAACCGAAGAUUUGAGCUAUAUAUGGGGGAUGGGGGGGUAAUUUAAAGAAAAAGAUAAAUAUCUUCCUGGAUGCUAUGUUAUGCUUUGUGAAAGCAGUGUUAAUGUAGAGAUAGUUAUACCACGGGCAAGGUCCACAGUUUAAAGAAUUAGUUUGACAUUUUGGGAAAUAUUUGUUUUUGUUUUUUUGAGAAUUAGACAAGAUGAUGUGAUAACUCAUAUAUCUGUGAGUCUGUCUGUUAAACAUGAGGCUGGAGGUUGGAGUCAGGCUUUAUGCUAGCUUAGCAUAAAGACUGGAAGCAGCUAAUCUGUUUUUUACAGAGAUAUAUGCUGUUUAUGGAAGGCAAUGUCAGUCAGUUGAUGUUUGGUCCAGACUGAAAUAUCUCAACUUUUAGAUUGAAUGCCAUUACUUUUUACAUUCAUCUUUAGAUGAUGAAUCCUACUGACAUGUGAUCUCUAUAGCAGGUUGAUGAUUGUGGUUUGGAAUGAAAUGGACUAUAACUAUUGGACUAAUUGCUAAACAGAUUGGUAAAAACAUUCAAGGACCCCUCAAGACGAAUUAGAAUAACUUUGGAGAUUCCUUACCAGACUAAUAUGUUAAACUUGUUAAAAAAUAAUUGCUAAUGUCAGUAUGUUAGCAUUGUAAUUGUGAGAGGUUUAGCAGUUAGCUCAAAGCACCGCUGUUCCUAAGUCCAGUCUUUCUGCUGAGGUAAUCUAAACGUCUCGUGUCUUCUGCUUAACAUUCUCUGCUCAAGAAAUUGAGUCAAGAUAUAUCCCAGGGUUGUUGAACUUUUCUUUUUAAUAAGGUUAAGACAAUAAAAGCAAUCAAUUUUCCUCAACAGCAGUGAUGAUGUUUGGUGACUGUGGUACCACUACUGGAACACGAUUCGUUUACUGGGACCAGCUUGUUUUUGUUGUUGUUUUUUUCACCUUUAUUUAAACCUCAUCAGAAAACACUUGUAUUAAUCCAACAUUUUCAGUUCCCACAUCUAGCCUAAUAUGUCUGAUCUGUUUUCUGACCUGUGUCCGUUCACCUCAGUGGUACCUGAUCUGAUUAUAUCAUGAGCACACCCCUAGUCAUCCAACCAGCGCUUGUAUCCAUGGCUUUAUUUUGCAUAAUCGUAAUGGUCUCUGUGAGAUGUCAAAUUGAAUGAAGUUGUAGAUUGAGGUUAAACUGACCAAAAUGCUUCUUUUUUUCUUCUUUUUUAUUUUAUGUGCUUGUACCCCGGACAGUCAGUGCUCUGUUAAAGAGAAUAAGCUGAAUAUUUUUAAAAUGGAUAAAAAGGAAAAAAUAUUAUAUUGUUUAAUGUGUAAUAAACACUGUGCUGAUGAUGUUGAACUUCCUGAAUGCUCUGACACUCAAUAAGAAGAACAAAAAAGUGUGUUUGAAGUGUAGCCGAAGAUCUCUGUACUGUACUGUGUCGGCAUUCUGCUAAAUGAAACCAAUCAUGGUCCUUUUAGAGCUGUCGUAGAAGCAUCUUUGACUAAAUGUACGUCGAGAGGACUAUAAGCAACAUGUCAAUACUUCUAUUAAAUGAUAGAGUACUUUCGAUUGGACCUACUGUAGUUUUGAUGUAGUUAUUUGGCUAAUAAAAAGAUCCACUUUUAGCUGUGCAGUUAACAUAAACGUUGUUUUUUUAUUUAUGUACCGAUUCGGUCCAAAAGAGCAUUGUGGAUUUCUCUGACGUUGACGAUGAUUGGUGCCAUUUAGCUCCCACAUUAGUUUGGUAACGUUUCUUUCAGUCAUGUCAGUCCUUCAUCUAGUGGACUGGAUGGAUCCACAUGCCUGAGAGGAAGCUGUAACCUUAUGGGUGAAUCUUGAAGCUAUCAGUGCAACAGUCACUACAGCAUUAUCUACAGAGGCCCCACACACACAUCCGCCAUCAUGCAUCUGUUAUAUAUCACCACUACACUACGGCCUACAUGUCUUUCAGCUUGAAAUUCAUGUUGCAGUACUAAACUCAGUCUUUUAGUCUUCAAAUAAUUCUUUGCAUCAGUUAAAAAAAUGGAAUACAACUUUUACAGAUAUUCAUCUCUGUGGUGAAUUUGACCUUCAGUAAUUCAUUAUUGCAUGCCGAGCAUGCAGUAACAGGUGGGGCAUCCAUGAUGAUAGAUAGUACUGAAAUGACGUGUUGUGCUGUCAGUUACCUGUAUUAAUGUUAAGAAGAGAGCAGGGAGUGUGUUUAUGUGUGCUAUAAGCCAGAAUGCUUUUUGGUUCUGUACCGUUAACCUCAAACACAUGUGCAAGCUGUUUGUACAGUACAUAACAAUGCUAAGAUGAACUGAAAAACUUAGUUUGCUUCUUUCCAAAACCAAUAAAAGUUAUAACUGGA